AUGGCGCCGUGCUGGCACAGGAAGGGCCGGAAGGGGAUCGGGUGGUGGCGAUGGAGACGGCAGCAGGAGGAGGGCGCAGACUUUCGACCAGUGCUCCAGUGGUUGGACCUACAGCGGCGGCCCCCAUGGGAAGAAGUGGCCGUUCUCUCCCUGGUCACCAAGGGACUGUGGGCUAAGUUCAAGACCCUGCGGCUGUGGGAUGGCGUGCUUCAGCGGGCCUGGAAGGAACCCGCCACCGGAGAUGUGAGGUGGCAAGUGGUGGUGCCUCACUCUCUGCGUGGGGAAGUGCUUCAAGCGAUCCAUGGUGCUGUGGGCUCGGGGCACUUUGGGGUGACAAAAACCCUUCGUCGCCUCCGCCUUGGCUUCUACUGGGGGCAGCACAAGCGGGACGUUGAGGACUUCUGUCGCUGCUGUGAUGGCUGCACAGCCCACAAAGGCCCAGCUGAAAGGUCCUUUGCCCAGUUACAGCAGUUCCCUGUGGGGUUCCCUAUGGAGAGGGUUGGGGUGGAUGUGGUGGGCCCGCUACCCUGCACAGAGAGGGGGAACAAGUAUGUCCUCACGGCCAUGGACUAUUUUACCAAGUGGACAGAGGCGUACGCUCUGCCUGACCAGGGGGCAGAGACCGUAGCGGACGCUUUAAUCGGGGGGAUGAUUAGCCGUUUUGGGGCAGCAGAGUCCAUCCACAGUGACCAGGGGAGACAUUUUGAAUCCCGUGUGUCUUUGCGGCUUUAUGUAGCAGGCUGGACAUGCAGACCCGUACUACCCCCCUGCACCCACAGAGUGACGGCUUGGUGGAGCGAUUUCAUCGCUGUAUGGAGCAGCAGCUGGCCAUUGUCUCGGCUGAGCAUCAGCGGGACUGGGACAAUCAUCUGCCUCUAGUGCUUAUGGCAUACAGGAGUCAGCUGUCAGCUGUCCAGGAGUCGACGUCCUGCACGCCUGCUCUGCUGAUGUUGGGGAGGGAGCUUCGCACCCCAGCUGACCUGGCGUUUGGCCGGCUGCCCGAUUUUCCCCCCGUUCCUCCCGGCCCAGAGUAUGCCAGGAGACUCCAGGACCGCCUGGAGAGAGCUCACUCCUUUCACCAGGGGACAGGUGCUGAGCGCAGGGGUGAGGCAGAAAAGGAACUAUGAUGUGCAUUCUC